AUGGCGCAUGUUAAAGCCAGUAAGGUGCGAUAUGUAAUCUGGUCAAAGAACAUGGAGUAUGGAGCGCUGCUUUCCAAGCAUACCCUCACGCUCAUAAAUCGAAAAUUGGAGGUGCUGUGCUCGCAACAAGAGUCUACACGCGUGAAAAGUGGUGCUUGGGACGAUGACGGCGUUUUCUUGUACACUACUAGCAAUCAUAUCAAGUAUGCUCUGACUGCUGGAGAUUGUGGCAUCGUUCGUACUCUCGACUUGCCCCUUUAUGUCCUAGCCGUUCGUGGUAACAUCUUGUACUGUUUGAAUAGAGAGGCGACACCCGUCGAGGUGCCGAUUGAUCCAACGGAGUAUCGAUUCAAAUUGGCGCUGAUUAAUCGACGCAUUGAUGAGGUGCUGAAUAUGGUGAAGAGCUCAACAUUGGUUGGCCAAUCGAUUAUCAGCUAUCUAGAGAAGAAGGGUUAUCCCGAAAUUGCACUGCAUUUCGUGAAGGACGAGCGAACUCGUUUUGGUCUUGCUCUUGAGUGCGGAAAUCUCGAUGUGGCUCUCGAGGCAGCCAAGAUUUGCGAUGACAAGUCUAUAUGGGAGGCCCUGGGUGAGGCAGCUCUGAUUCAGGGUAAUCACCAGGUCGUUGAGAUGGCCUAUCAAAGGACAAAGAACUUCGAAAAGCUGUCGUUCCUUUAUCUUGUUACCGGCAACAGCGAGAAAUUGUCAAAGAUGAUGAAGAUUGCUCAGAUGAGGAAUGAUGCUCACGGCCAUUACCAAACGGCCCUGUAUCUCGGGGACAUCGAGGAAAGAAUUAAAGUACUGAAAGGUGUUGGACAAACAUCACUUGCCUAUCUGACUGCAGCAACCCAUGGUCACGAGGAAGAAGCGAAUCUCUUGCGGGCUGAACUAGAAUCUAAAGGACAAACUAUUCCUCCUAUUGAUCCUAACGCUAAACUUUUAGUUCCACCUCCACCGAUCUGCAAGCUGGAGGAAAACUGGCCUCUGCUUGCAACUGCACGAGGUCCGUUCGAACUACUCGGUCUUGUUCCUCCAAGCAAAGCCGGAGCAGGAGUUUCUCACAAGCCGGCAGCGGCUGCGUUUGCUGUUGCGGAUGAUCUUGAGAUGGAGGAAGGUGGCGCAUGGGGAGAGGAAGGAGACUACCUUGUUGGUGAAGAUGGAGAAAUUGAAGUUGAUGAUGAUGACAUUCUUGCUGGCACUGCUGAAGAGGGAGAAGCAGGGUGGGAUGUCGAGGACGAUUUGGCGAUUCCCGAUGUACCUGUAGGAGCUGGAGCUGAAGACGUUGUUGUACCGAACCGUGCCCAGCCUCCACCUUCACAUUGGCCGGCCAACAGCCGGCUUGUGGCAGAUCAUGUAGCAGCAGGAUCGUUCGAAUCUGCGCUUCGUCUGCUCCACGAUCAGCUCGGUGUUGUGAAUAAGAAGCCCUCACGUGUCACAUUCACUGCAUUGCCAAAUACUAAAGUGCUUUUUGGAUACCCUCUGAGAAAUUGGCAGGAAGCGUCUGGAAAGAGUGGUCUGCCAGCAGUUACGGUAACUUUAGCCGAUUUGGCUGCGCGACUUCAAGGGUGCUAUCAUAUGACAACCGCUGGUAAAUUUGCCGAUGCUAUCGACAAGCUUCGUAAAAUUCUUCUAUUCGUUCCGAUGCUCGUCGUCAGCUCGAAGCAAGAGGUAGCUGAGGCUGAACAGCUCAUCGAAAUAUGUAGAAAUUAUUUGGUUGGGCUACUGAUGGAGACGGCAAGAAAGGAAAUACCAAAGACCUCACCGGCUGAAUUGAAACGAAAUGCCGAAAUGUUGGCAUACUUCACGCAUUGUGAACUUCAGCCGGUGCAUCGGAUUCUAACGCUAAGAACAGCAAUAAAUGCGUUCUUCAAGUUGAAGCAGAUGCGAACUUGUGCAUCGAUGUGUAAACGACUUCUGGAACUUGGUCCGAAGCCCGAUGUUGCCGCUCAAGUCAGAAAAGUGCUCGCAGCAGCUGAACAGGACAAUAAGGAUCCCAAUCAGUUGGCCUACGACGAGCACAAUCCAUUCGUUGUUUGUUCGCGUAACUUUGUACCAUUAUACCGUGGAAAACCUCAAUGCAAAUGCCCAUUCUGUGGAGCGUCGUUCUCUGUUGGUCUGGAGGGUACCGUAUGUGAUGUGUGUCAGGUAGCCGAAAUUGGAAAGGAUGUGAUCGGGCUUCGAAUUUCCACCCUACAAAAAUAG